CAUUAAAGUGAGAAAUUUGUAAGACAAUACUCGUCCUUGACAAUGAUACACGCCUUUCAUUUAAAAAUUACAACUUUAGAAGGUGCGCCAUUGAACAAAUAUUUUCAUUGCCCAUUGAAAUCGGACGGUGGAAGCUAUGGAAAUUGAUCGUGGAAGUACGUCUCAUGAUCAAAUCACGCGGAAGCAUGGGGAAGAUAAAGAAGAAGAAGAAAGGGGGAAGUUAAACCCUAUUGUGGUGUUACUACUGGGUGCACCCGGAAGUGGAAAAUCCACCUUCUGUGAUCACGUUAUGAAGAAUUGUCCCCGGCCUUGGGCCCGCAUUUGCCAGGACACUAUUAGUAAUGGCAAGUCUGGGACAAAAAUCCAGUGUCUAGCCAGUGCAGGAACUGCAUUAAAGGAUGGUAAAGGUGUAUUUAUAGACAGAUGCAACCUUGAAAGAGAGCAGCGUGCAGAGUUUUUGAAGCUUGGUGGCCCAAAAGUCGAGAAGCAUGCUGUGGUGCUUGAUCUUCCUGCCAAGCUCUGUAUUUCUCAGUCUGUGAAGCGGAGUGGGCACAAGGACAACUUACAAGGUGGGAAAGCUUCUGCAGUCGUGAAUCGGAUGCUGCAAAAGAAGGAAUUACCUAAGUUGAGUGAAGGGUUCACUCGAAUUACAUUCUGUCAGGAUGAAAAUGAUGUCCAAGAAACCAUCAAUAUGUAUAUUGCCCUUGGUCCGUCAGGUACCAUUCCUUCUGGCUGUUUUGGUCAGAAAAAGAUACAACUUGGGAUUAUGAAAUUUCUGAAAAAGGUGGAUUCACCAGGUGACGCCAUAUCUGAGGCAAAUGUCUCUCAGAAAAGUGUCCAUAAUGAAGCUUCCAAGGAGAAAGACCUUGGAAUUGAGAGCACUCAAAAUAUUUCUUUUCGAUUAGGUCAAGCUUUUGAGGAGGUGAAGGAUUGUGAAAGAGUCGAAAUGACCUCUUUUGCAGGUCGAAAUGCUUCAGACAAUAUUCCGACUUUGGCAUUUCCUUCUAUUUCUACAGCUGUUUUCCAAUUCAAUCUGGAGAAGGCAUCUGACAUUAUUGUUGAAAAAGUUGAGGAGUUUAUAAGUAAGAUCGGAAAGGGUAGGCUUGUUUUGGUCGAUUUGUCUCAUGGAUCAAAAAUAUUGUCUCUGGUUAGGACUAAAGCUGCAAAAAAGAACGUUGAAUCCAGUAAGUUCUUCACAGUUGUGGGAGAUAUAACUCGACUCCAUUCUUGUGAAGGUUUAAACUGCAAUGUAAUCGCUAAUGCUGCCAAUUGGCGACUAAGACCUGGAGGUGGAGGCGUGAUUGCUGCAGGUCCUGAACUAGAACAUGCAACCAAGGAAAGGGCUGGAUCACUCAAGCCUGGAAAAGCUGUAGUUGUUCCGCUUCCUCCAACUUCUCCAUUGUUUACUAGGGAAGGCAUAACUCAUGUUAUACAUGUUUUAGGACCAAAUAUGAAUCCUCACAGACCAAACUGUCUCAACAAUGACUAUGCCCAAGGCUGUGAGGCUCAGAGGCAUCUCUUGGUGUUGGCAAGGGGUGAAGGUCUGGACCGGCUUGCAGAUGUAUGCAGAGAGCACCUCUCAUUGCUAAAGACAAUGCAUGCUGUUGGGUUGAAGUGGGCAGAAAAGUUUCUUGAUGAAAAUAAAUCACUGGUAUUCCGUCUUGGGUACCAUUCAGCCCCUUCAAUGCGACAACUGCACCUUCAUGUGAUCAGCCAAGAUUUUGACUCGAAACAUCUCAAGAAUAAGAAGCAUUGGAACUCAUUUAAUACCCCAUUCUUCCGGGAUUCAGUUGAUGUGAUACAGGAAAUCAACGAACAUGGCAAGGCCAUGUUGAAAAAUGAAGACAAUUUCCUCUCCAUGGAAUUGAGGUGUCAUAGGUGUCAAAGUGCACAUCCAAACAUACCUCGCCUCAGAUCGCAUAUUUGCUCUGGAAAUCAACGAACAUGGCAAGGCCAUGUUGAAAAAUGAAGACAAUUUCCUCUCCAUGGAAUUGAGGUGUCAUAGGUGUCAAAGUGCACAUCCAAACAUACCUCGCCUCAGAUCGCAUAUUUGCUCUGGAAAUCAACGAACAUGGCAAGGCCAUGUUGAAAAAUGAAGACAAUUUCCUCUCCAUGGAAUUGAGGUGUCAUAGGUGUCAAAGUGCACAUCCAAACAUACCUCGCCUCAGAUCGCAUAUUUGCUCUUGUCAAGCCCCAUUUCCAACUGCUUUGCCCCAAAAUAGUCAUCUUGUUUUCGUGCCAAGUGAAGACGUAUUGGCAAAUAGUUAUUCCCUUUGUAAUAGUUUUUCUGAUGUAUAAAUAACACUUAAAAGUCUCUUCUGCAUCAAAAUGAUUUUGUGACCUUUGCUAUA